AUGGAUUGCUCACGCUCGACGGAGCUGACGCGGACGCGGACAGGGAGAGCAGCCUGCGGAACAUCUCGUGUCGGCCCGGCCCAUGAGGCCCAUGAAAGUGGGCUGCUCGGCCCAGCCCGGGGCGUUUGCCCUUACCCGGAGCCGGAGAGGAACUCGCCUCCCACCUGCUACACGCCGCCGGCUUCCAUCCCCAUCCGACUACCAGAAGAGAGGGCAAAAAUUCAGGGAACCAGUACUAUUCUCUACUCGCUGCAGAUGGAGCAGAACCCAGAUCCUGGCCCUGUUGACAAAUCAGUUCUGGUGGAGCAGGAGCUUCACAAGUCUGAAGCUAUAUUUGCUGGGAAGGCCUGCAAACCUAUUAGAUUUAUCGAACACGGCACGAGGCUUAACCAGUGGGAGGUGAGGCACGAGGGAAUGCUCGCGCUACUGCGGCGAGCUGGAUUCUACCACCUGUCUUUCCUGAAGAGGGUUCAGUUAGACCAUGCUCUGCUAAACGCUUUGGUCGAAAGGUGGCGGCGCGAAACGCAGACCUUCCACUUGCGGUUCGGGGAGAUGGCGGUGCUCUUGAAGGACGUGGCGAUUCUUACUGGACUUCGCGUACACGGUACUCCCGUCACCGGUGCAACAGGCUGCCGCUGGGAACAGUUGUGUUUAGAGCUGCUAGGCCGAGAACCUCCGCAGAUAAAAGGCGGUUCUGUCAACAUCGCGUGGUUGCAUGACACCUUUGCAAGCUUGCCAGAUGGGGCUAGUAAGUUGCAAAUAGAGCAUGCUACGCGAGCCUACAUAAUGUACCAAUUUGGCUGCAGCUUAUUUCCUGACCCGAGUGGGACACGGGUGCACUUGAGAUACUUGGCACUGCUCCGUGAUUUUGAUGCCUCGGGGGAGAUGGCAUGGGGGGCUGCUGUUCUUGCUCACCUCUACAGAGAACUUGGAAAGGCCAGCAUGAAGGGCAAGGCUAACUGUUGUGCCUUUCUCACUCUUCUUCAGAUAUGGGCAUGGGAGCAUAUACAGAUAGGCCGUCCUGAAAGACUGGAGAAUAAGGAUCUAACAAUUGAUCAGCCCCUUGGAUGCAGAUGGGAUGUACCCUUCAAGAACCGUGAAAAUGUCCGGUCCAUGGACCACGAGUUUUACAGGCAUGGACUUGAUACUAUAGCAGAUUGUCAGAUUUCAUGGGAUCCGUACAAACCAAGUCUGAUUGGUGGCCUGCCUGCGCUAUGCACACUUGGUUCUGCAGUCUGGCGAUCAAAAACUCCAUUGAUCUGCUUCCAGAUAGUGGAAAUGCAUGUGCCUGAUCGUGUGUUACUACAAUUUGGAAUGAUACAGCACAUUCCAGACCCAGUUGAGGCAGUUGAGCGUGUGACAAUGCAGGGUAAAACAGAUGAGGAUUGGUCUACUUACCAUGAGAAGUACAUUAAGCAAUGGGAUAAUAGGCUCCUUUCGAUUCUUGACCAGCUGAGAAUACCGUGA